UAGUCAACUCUUAGUAAUUUAGUUUCAAAGUAUGUUUUCACCCACAUUCAGUUGUAUUUCAUAACGUUACACCCAGCUUACAUCGCAGUGAUCAGUACUUCUAUAAUUCCUUCCUUUCAUUGAGGAUGUAUAGUUUUUAAUGGUAUUAAUUAUAUUAAGCAGGAAUAAGAACAAUUUGUUAAAAGCGUCGAAAUCAUUCAUUUCUGAAUGUAUUUCAACAAGUCAUGCUUGCAAUAAUGUUCAUCAAAAGGCAUUCAGCUAUGUAGGAUUUCGAAGAGGGAGUGUCAGGCCCAUAUAUGAAUCUCGAUGGAUUCUAACUAAUUUGAUGUUACAGAAACAUUUUGUGAAAAAUAAGGUCGUUGUUAGGUCAUUUGUCGAUGUUCCCGAGAAUCGAAGUAUAAGCUAUGCCAAUUUGGAGCUAUCCGUUUCGAGGCUAUAUAAUGAUUGUAACUCUUCUUUAUUCCCUUUUUAUACUUUAUACGAACCUAAUGAAUCUCUAUAUCUACGCUUAAUAGAUUCCUUCUCAGAAAACCAGUUAACAUUCGUUCUUUUGCAGUCAGAAUUCGAAGAAGAGGCGAGAAUUAUCUUUGAAUAUCUACAAAGAGUUAUAUGUCUAGAUCCCGUCUACUCUCGUUCUUACAGGAUUACCGAAAGCAUAUCUGCUUGUCUAUUUGAAUGUUGUAAAAUAUUGACAGAAAAAAAUCAUCUUGAUUUGAGAAAGUCUAUUCAUGCAUACAUCAAUUCUCUUUUAUUUAUCUCAUACGAUCGCUCCUUUUCUGCUGUUUAUUGGCAGCAGGGAUCACAGUUUCAACAGUUUUUAGGUCUCUUGAAAGACUCUGCAGCUUCUGCUAACCAGCCCCAUCCACGCCUUUUUAAAAGCAUUGAAUUAUUCUUUUACUCUAUAUUCCGGACUUAUGCGCUACAUAAGGGGUUCAUUCCUUUAGCUAAUAGAAUCGACCAGUACUUACCAAAAAACAUGCGAAUAAAACAAGGUGAGUUAGCAAUGGCAGAGAUUUCCAGAAUGCGGUCUUCUAAGCCUUUGCUUUCUGUUUCACUUGAGCAUUUUUCAGAGUCUCUUUUACUUUCUGCUCUCUACAGCGGGAAUAAUCGAGCUCUCAAUGAGUGGCAGACUAGAGCUUUGAAAGAAGGAAAGGAAGUAGAUGUUAAUAUACUUAAUAUACUUUUAAAAAGGGAGCCUAAAACGUCAAAUCUGGAAGAUACAUUUUCGUUAUUCAUGCUUUCUAUAAAAAAAGUUACCGAUACUAGUUCGCUUCUUGAGGCUAAAGCAACCCUGUUAUGGAAGUUACUCCAAGAUAAUAAGUUACAUGAAUUUCAUGUCGUUCUCUCUACUGUUCCAAACUUCCAGUCGUUACUUGAAAAACGAAAUUAUGGGAUUUUGUUUCCCAUUCUAGAAUACAUUAUUUCCACAAAAGAUUUUGACCUUUUUCAAAAGCUUGACCAUUCCCUUUUUAAUUAUGGACGGGUUAUAUCAGAAGAGUUGUACAUAAAAUUGUUGAAAUGCUAUGGCCAGAUGCCGGAAGACGUGAAAUUCUACAGACUUUUCAGAGCGUUUCUGGAGAAAAACCCUGUAUUAAAUGAAAGUCAAAAGCGUUAUCUUAAUAGCAUCUUACUAGAGAGUUGCCAUUCCCAGCGUUCCUGGGUACUUUACCAGGAAUAUCCGGAUACUUUGAGGCCGAGCAAUCUAAUAUUGUUUUUUUGCUAUUGUUUUAGGAAGAAAGGGUAUAAAUGGAUUGAAAAAUAUUUAAUUAAUACUGAGUACCCCAAAGAUGACUUAAAAAAUAGCGUGAUCACGAACCCAAAUGCUUCAAAAACGCUUUUCAAAGCUAUGUGUUCCAAAUAUAAUUCAAGCCGAGCGAUAGAUUUUCUGAAAAUGUGUUUUGCCGAUGGACCGUACCUUUCAACAUUAUUACAGGAAAUUCUACAUCAUGCUCAACUUGAGAAGAAUCACGAUAACGUGCACUGGUUAAAGUCUCAAAAAGUCCUCAAUUAUCCAGAGGAAGGGAAACAUGAAGCAUGUUUUAUUACAUAGAUACCUUACAAAACUUUUUGGUCAAGUGCGAAUUGUCAUUCUCGUGAAAACUAGUUUUUUUUUUUUUUUUUAAUAUUAUUAAUUAUCUUUUACAAGUAUUCUACAUUUUAACUUUGUGCACCGAGAUAUCAUUCAGGCAUAACUUAGAUAUGCU